AUGGAUUCUUCGUCUGCUUCUUCACAGGAUCCCACCUCCAUUCUCCAAAAUGUUACCUUCAGCCGCAGCGAAGGGUCCCCGGUGUCUACUGACGAUGCUGUCACUGCAUCAGACCUACUUCUUGGUGCCUUCGAUCCCUCCAAACUGCAUCCAAUGGCUGGUCUAGAGGAUAAGCUCGACUAUCUCUUGUUAGAUGAUGACAAAACCAGUGAUCUCCCCGGCUCCAGCACGGCAAUUCCCUCUCGGGGCUGGAGUGAUGACUUGAGUUAUGGUACUGGCACUAUGUACCUAAGCGGUCUCGCCCUUGGCGGUGUAUGGGGUUUGCGUGAAGGCGCGCGAAGACCCUUAGCAGUGUCUAACGCAAGGCUGCGGAUCAACAGCAUCCUGAACUCCGUAACGCGAAGAGGGACAUUCAUUGGCAACUCAGCAGGCGUCUUAGCCCUUGUCUAUAACGGUCUAAAUUCCAGUAUUGACGGCAUACGAGGCAAACACGAUAUACUUGGGAGCAUGGCUGCCGGAGGGCUUACCGGGGCGCUGUACAAAUCUACCGCUGGAGUUAAGCCUGCACUAGCGGCAGCAACGUUUGUGUCAGCACUUGCAGGAUUAUGGAGCUAUGUGAAACGAAACGUCUAA